GACAAAGAAAUAUGGUUAAUAGCCAGAAAACCGCUUUGUAAAAUACGUGAAUGUUUGAAUAAUUUAACGAUUUGAAUAAUUAAAAAAAAACCCUCGUAUUUUCGAACCAAAGUGUCACAGCAUUUUCGAACUGUCAUCGAUGACACACUGCAAAUAUGUCCCAUCAACAACAAUAAAUACGAGAUCGAUUUGCUUUGGUUGUGCGUAUCGCGUUUCUGUGCAUUUGGUGAUGUGUUGCAUAUAAAUCACGAAUCGUUGGUUGGUUUGCUAGGGUGGAACAUUUCCGCAGCUAAAACGCUCAUAUGGCCGAUCAAGCCUCGGUUAGGCCGAAAUGUCCCUGUAUCCUGUGCGGGCGCCCAUUCGUACGCACUAAGAAACGCAUAAGAGAACGUGACGAUCGUACGUGAAAAGCGCAAUUUCCCGAGAAGAUUGUGUAUCGUUGCCAAGGAGGAAAGCAUUUGCGCGCUAGAACAUUGUCACUCGUACCGAGAGUAGGCCGAAACUUGCGCCGGAGAAGCAUCGGACGUGUGUGAAGUGCGCGGCACAGUCACAAGCGGAAAACGCUUCUUAUCACAAACUCCCGUGCGGGCUCACCUGUGUUGUGACACGAAUGAGCUUCAGCCCGAUAGGAUGGAACAAUUUUCGCACGAUCUAACGUUGGCGUUAGAGGAAACUUCCCGCACGAAUUCAAGUAAGGUCCGGUGGGGAGUGCGUCGCCGAACGCGAUCGACGGGAAAUUUGCCUUGUGCACCACAACCGACGGAGGACAGCUCCAGCAGUCCGACCGAUCCACCGGCCUGCAAUGUAGUGAUGAACCAGGCCGACUCGCCCUAUCUCAGUGGCAGCAACAACAUCGUUCAAAGUGAUUCGGACGAUAGACAUUCCGUGGCGUUUACGUUCAAGUUGCGCCAAACGCCACUUUCGGGAAACUUUGAGUCCGAUUCGCUGAACGAAAACUUCAGUCCAGCUAGACCGAACAUGCGGCGCAAACGAAAGUACAAACGUAUGGCCGUUGAGUAUGAGACGACACCAUCCACACCACAUAUCGGUGUGACUCCACUGUUUCCCGUAGCGGGUACGGUAAAGAAACGUGUAUUUAAACACUCGGCGUGCCCAGAUAGUUUUAGGAGCACCAUGUUUUUCUGUGGGAAGCGAAAGCGCGGCCAGCGAGACCGUGGAGGUUUGGAUUAUGAUUUCUGCAAGCAGCAUUCCAGCAGCGUACCGAGACAGCGGGAAUUCUUCGGACCGAAAGGUUCGUCCUACAGCGAGUACAAAAGUCGCAACCGUGCCGCUUCCUUCUCCGCCAGUAUGAUGAAGUGUGAAAGAAUACUACCGCUGAAUAAGACGGUCGUUUCGAAGAUCGAAAGGAUAUCGGCGGACAGAGAUCGUGAGCGAUCCGCCUUGCUGGAAGCUUCAAGAUCCAGCGCAGUAGUUGCCCCCUCUGCUCCGGUUGCCGUCCCGACUGGAGGGGAGUUUAAUUUUUCGAUCCCGUUACAGCAACAGUUGCCAGCUGUACCGAUGCCACUGGAAGGUGGUGUGGUUUUACCAUUGAUCGGAAGCCAAGGAAGCGGUGAUAAAACUACUCAGCAUCAAAUCGUUGCUCUCGGUACAAACAGCACCGUCAGUGUUCCGUUGAGUCAGUCAAGCUUGGGUGGAAUCACUCCAUUGGUCUUACCGUCGAACAGUUUAAAUGCACUUCAACAGCUUACUAUACCUACAACAUCUACAGUAACGACACCCCUCAUAGUUCCUCUCGGAACGAAGCAAACAGGUCCGCUAAACCUAAUGGAAAGCAAACCAUUGGUUCAUCCAUUUGGUGGAAAUGUUGAGAGUUCAAUUAACUUCCAACAAUCGUUUUCGGAAAUCGCCUCGUUGCCGCCUUCCGCCACCACCGCAACGACUACAGCCGUCGUAGAGCCGAUGAAAGCGGCAGUAGUUGCAAAGGUAAAAGCGAACUAUCCGAAAGAAAAGCAUCGCCAUCGUAAAUCGAAGUACAUCCGCAAGAAGCAAAUGCUCAUGAUGGCUGGAUCGGAAGGACAGGGCCAACUGAUGGACUGUAGUGGACAGGUGAACGAUUUCUUAAGCUCCAGCUCGCUCAGCUCGAGCGAUUCGGAAGCAGUGUUGGCAAACGAGACGGAUCACGAAGGCGACGACGAGUUAACGGAUUGGCCCGGCAAUGAGGCAAUGAUUACAUUUGCAUCGAAGCACGACUUUCGCAAAGCAUAUCAUGGCAAUCGUGCUCCGGCAGCAAUUGGGCCAUCUGCUGCACUCGGUAGACCGAUGCUGGCCCAUGUAAGCCAGCAGGUCGAACAUGAGCUACCGGAUGACGAUACACUGAUGUCGGCUGAUGAGCUGUUAACAUCGGCUGCCGAAAUUACGAUGCAACCUGUAGGCUCGACAGCAGGCGGUGGCAUCGGAUUGAACACCAUUGAUACAAAUCUGACGAUUCCGAUUGGUGCGGAUUUAUCCGCAAUGAGCUCACCGUUUCUAGUCAACAACAUUGCACCCGGAUUACCGCUGGCUAAUGAGAUACGGGAGAUACGUGCCGGCUGUAGAAGAAUCCGUGAGGAGCGGCCCGGAUUUUCUAUCAUAUCAAGCGUGAACGAGUUGCUAUCAAGGUUUCUUCAAGAUGAUCAGCAGCGCGAACUGACACUGCACGAUGUUGACAAAGCGGAACAUGAUAAGCUGCAGGAUCUAUGUAAGCUUUAUUCCCUGAACGCACAACAAUUAAGCGAAAACGGAAGUGUUGUAAUGCUGAGCAAAACCAGCAACACGAUGCAAUCGGUCCGAAUCGAUCAAUCAAACCUACCGAAACGACUGGGAGAUUUCAAACGGCGUUGCUACGGCAAUGCGGAAGCUCUGCAAUUUCACGACGGUGCUACCAGCUAAAUAAGCCAGGUAAGCUCCAGUACCAUUCCAGUACCAGAACGGAUGGUUUUUUUCUUCUUUUAGGAUAAAUUUUAUUCUCGGAUGAAAUGAAUUAAUAUUAUUAUGCCAUUUCGUAAGGCGUGGGUCAAGAACGAUAAGGCAGCGAAUUGUUUUCGAUUGUACAGGAUAAAAAUAUAGUGAAGAUUUAGAACAGUGGCCCAUUUGUAAAGUUAAGACAUGUAAAUUAAAUAGCUAAGACACUUAAAGAACGAUCCGCUUUUAACGUUUUUUUGUUUAAUUCGGCAGAAAGGGAGAUAGAGAAAAAACGAGAGAGAGUCUCACUGUGUGGUUAGGGAACGGAUUUACGCAUGGAAACGGAUGAAUCAAGUUAACCAAAACAAACGCAGACAAACGGAUUUAAUUGGGCUAACAAACGAUAUUCAAAGUUAACCAGGCGCUUAAGGGAACCCGCGAGCUAUGUACCAUUUGAUACAUAGCGCAUGUUGUACAGCUAGUAUUUAUAGAUAAAUUAAAGCAUUUAUAGCCCACAUUUCGCCAUUUGCUUCUCGUAGGCUUGUUAAAGAAAGGCGAAAACAAGUUUUGUGCUUGCGCUAAACGCACCGUUGCUAGUUUAGCAAGUUUUUAAACACGUCAAAGGCCUGUACUGAUGGGAAGCACGACCGAAUAUUACGCAGAACGGAGCAAUUCAAUAAAAACGGGACCGCCCAUAUCAUUGCGAAACAAGUAAAA